AGUCGAGUGGAAAAUUUCGACUUCAAAGCGAUGACACAAACAGCUGAUGAAUUGUUGAUAGUGCUGAAGAAACUUGAAGAUCCGCCAUCUGCAGACGCAGAUACGAGACAAUUGAUAGCGUCCUUCCCUGAAUCGAUCGCGAAUCCGUCACUGUUGAAACCAAUCAAGAAGGAAGUUGAGGCGAAGGCACUUGUCAGUAAAAUUGAGGAAGCUGAACCAGUUGUGAAGGAGUAUUGUGAA